AUUUGCUGUAAAGAUUAGUGUCUAUAAUUUAUUAAUCAAUACUUACUUGCUAAUUAAUUGCACAAAAAUAAUUCAUACUCACUUUAGAUAUUCUAAAACAAAAGAUAUCAUUAAAAUGAAUGCAAAUUAAGCUAGGUCUUAUAGGCAAAAAAGAAGAGAUAUAGGAAAUUUUGAAGAGUACGGUGAAGACAAUGAUGAGGAGUUCGUCAAAAAUGCUGGAGAGACAAUCAAAAGAGCUGAAGAAGAUUAAAAGGUCAAAAAGAUUCAAAACUAAAUAAACUAUUUCGGAUACAUGAUAGAACCACUAAAUAUGAAGAAUGAAAGAGAAGAGAAAGAAAUAGAUGAAGAGGGUAAUUAUCGCUUUAGUUGGAAAAGAGAAAAAGAAAACAGUGAUGCCUGGCUGAGCCAGCUAGAUGAAGAUUAGUAUGGAUUCAAAAUGUAUUUCAAUUCAAAGCAAGAAAAGGGAGUUUAUAGCGACGAUGAUGAGAAUGACAAAGGUAGUGACGAGGAAAUAGAAGAAAAAUAAAAGAAAUUUAAAAGAAAUAAUGAAGACAUAAAGGGAAAAUUCGAAGAUAGCGAUAUUUUAAGCUUAUCAAAGGAAUUAGUAUAAAUAUUAGAAGAAGGAUAAAAAGAAAUCACAGACAUAAUGAUAGUUAUUACUCCUAAAAUCAGGAUAGACCAAAUAAAUGAAAAGUUGAAGAAAAACGAAAAGCCUGUCUUUCCUUUUAAGAAAAACAUAAGAUAAAAAGAAAAGGAAGAACAAGAAAACAAGAUAAAGGAAUGGGAAAGCAAUAAGAUUAGCUAAGAAGAAGAAAUUCGUAUUAAAAAUAUGAGCAAUGACUUAAUUGAAAUUAUCAAAGAAUUAGAAAUCAAACUUCAUACUGCAACUUUAUGGGAAAAAGAUUUAGACUUUUUCAAAGAAAUGAUGCAAAAAGAAGAAGCAAAAUUAGCUAAAUAAAAUCAAAAUAAGGGUGGUGAUGAAGAAGAAGAAGAAAAUGUUGCUGAAGAAGACGAUUUAAAAUUAAUACCAAAGCAAUUAUUAGAUAAAUUAAAUGCCGGUACUCUUACAGAGGAUGAAGAAGACGAAGUUAGGAGAUUGAUCAUGAUGGCAAGAAUGAGGAGAAACAGAAAAGAUAGCAGUAGUAGCAGCGAAGAAGAACUUAGAACUGGUAACCUCUAGUUUGAUGACUCAGACCCAGAAGAAGAAGAUGAAGAAUCUAAAAAAGCAUAGUAAAAUGAAGUCAAAGUUCCAAUAUCUUAGCAAAACAAUCCAUAGAAAUAACCUCAGUAAUAAUAAUUCAAAGCACCAAAUCCUGUUGUGAGAAGAAAUUCUUAGCCAGAAAUAAAUAAUGUUUUAUAAAAUUAACCCAAGCCCAUUCCCACUGUAGCUUUACCACCAUAAUAAAUAGUUGCUGAGCUUUAGAAAAUUACUUAAAGAGUAAUUAAUUAACCAAUUGAAGAAGAAGAAAUUCCUGAUUCAAAACCCGUAUCAAAACCAGCACCUAAAACUUAAAAUCGCUACAAAGAUGAAGAUGAUGAAUUUGAUAUUUUUAAUUGAAUAAAACUAAUUUAUUUUUUAAUUUUUGUAUUUUUUGUUUUGUAAAAGUUAAAUUAAAAAAAAAAGUAAGAUUAAUUCAAAGAUA